UUCAUUUGAUAUUUGUCAUUCAAAACGUUCUUAUCGGUUUUUUUUUCUUCUAAUACUUUCUUUUUUUUUGUCCAAAUCCGAUUCCAUAAUUUUUGGCAGAUUUAUUUUAAAAAAAAAGAAAUUUAAUCCCCUUCUUAUUCAAUAAACAAUGUCGACUGCUGUCCAACCAAAACAACAACAAUUGCCUGAAGUUCCAGUCACCGGUAAACGACAAUCACCUAUCGAUAUUCGUACGGAAAAUGUUGUUAAUGAACGAACAAAACGUUCAGUUUUACAAGAUGGUUCCAAACCAUUAUAUAUUGAUUAUAGUCCAUUGACUGGUGUUCAAUUGACUAUUCAAAAUACUGGUCAUGGUUGGCAAUUAAGCAUUCCGGAUGAACAUGCAAAAAAUUGUGAAAUUACCGGUGGUACUUUGGGUAGCGAUCAUUAUCGUUUACUUCAGAUUCAUGCUCAUUGGGGUAGAGAUUCAAACACCGGCUCUGAACAUACGGUAAAUGGCCGAACCUAUCCUUGUGAACUACAUUUGGUCCAUUGGAAUGCAACAAAAUAUUCGAAUCCAAAACAAGCACAAACACAAAGUAAAGAUGGUCUGGCUGUUAUUGGUGUUUUUGUUGAGAUUGGCUGCGAACAACAUCCAAUUUUCGCCAUCAUUGAUAGUUUGAUACCGACCAUUCCUUAUAAAGGCGAUAAAAAAUCCGUACAAAAUGAACAUUUGGACCUCAAUCAAUUGGUGCCCGAUCGUCAUUCACCCAAUUAUUGGUUUUAUUUAGGAUCAUUAACAACACCACCAUACAAUGAAUCAGUACUUUGGCAUUUAAUGAAAACACCGAUUCGUGCAAGUGAAAAACAAAUUGCUGAAUUUCGAAAACUUUAUGAAAAAGAAUCAUAUAGUGAUGCUAAUCAUAAUGUUAAAGAAAAUUAUCGUGAUGUUCAAGAUUUACAUGGACGACCAAUAUUGGAUAUUGAUUAAAAAAAAUUUGACAAUCUUUGAAGAAUAAGAAUUAAGCUCUUACUGAAAAAUUCUUUCAACAACAAAAAAAUAUAUUCCGACAUAUUUUUGUUAUAUUCAUAAAUCUAAAGACAAAUUUUAUUAGACAAAUAACAACCACAUAUUA